GUCCUCCGGUCCUCCGGUCCUCUGCCUCCGGAAUCUCCCUCCUCCUCGUCCUCCUUCAUCAUCAUCAUCUUCACCUCGGGCUCCAGGACUUGGCCCUUGGCCCUGACGCUGUUGUUGACGUUUCCAUGGAGACCCUGGCCUCGGUCUGGGCCCGUGACCCCCGUGACCCCCCGAGCGACCUCGGAGAGGAGCGACAAGCGCCGCCAACCGCGUGGGAGUCUCCGUGCGUCUUCAGUCGCUCGCCCCCUGCUGGUCUGAUGUGGGCGGAGGAGCUGUCGCCUCACCUCCAGAGAAACAAACAGCUGCAGGACGCCCUGCUGCAGCGGGAGGAGGAGCUGCUGCGACUGCAGGACGAGAACAACGAGCUCCGAGAGUUUCUCAGCUCCUCGUUCGUGAGGAACCUCGAGGAAAAGGCUAAAAAGCUCGUUGCUGGCGGGAGGAGGAGGCUGAAGAGGAACCACGACGGAUCUCUCCACAACCGGGGUCCUCGGCUCGCCGCCUCCAAGAGAGUCUGCAGGAACCUCACUGCCGAGUUCUGCUCCGAGUCCUCGGAGCCCGACCUGGACCUCUGGGUUCUUCGAACGCUGGGGCUGAAGGACCGCGACACCAUCGACACGUCCCGCGGAUCCUUGGAUUCUGGCCUCGGGAGCUUCGUGUACGACGCGGCGGUCACGUCCUCCUCGUCCUCUGGACUCACUCUCGACUCUUCCAGCUGCUCGCGUCAGACUGAGCCUGGGUCCGGUGCUGCCGAAGGCCCGGAAGCAAACUGUGGUGCGCCGGCUCAGAGCUGCACCUCUCCUCCAGGUCGGCGCUCCGACGUCACUGCCGCAGCUCUGAGCCGACGGCACGACGCUCCUGAGGACCGCGACGCGUUCGCUGCCUUCCAGCCUCCAGCCUCCUUCCCCCUGUCUCCGGACCGAGCAGAGAUCUGCUCCUCCACCGGCCGCGCUCCAACGCAGAGGAAGCCCGCCGACCGCCCGGCCUGCUGGUUGUCGGCGGAGGGCGGCCGGACACCGUUCAGUCCAUCAGGAGGAAGGAUGCGUCUCUCUCCCGCGGCGUCUUCCAGUCCAGUCCAGAACAAACCCUGGACGCCUGCCGCGACUCGGACGCCUCGCGGACGCAGGGAUGUGGCGUUCAGCAUGUCGCUCAGCCCGUCCAGCAGCGUCAAGACCCACAGCUUCCCCCAGGGACAAGCCUUCACCUCCAAGGACACGGAGGGGAGCUGGAAGUUCACCUGGCUGCCCAGACAAGGGCCGUAGGCAGCAGACGGACCUCCCCUCCCCUCGAUCCACGUCUCUGUUCAACUAUCUUCUGUGACGGGGAAACAAAGGCCGUACAGACACGUCAGUACUUCACGUGAAGUACCUGUCCGUCUGACAACCUGCCUCCUCCGUCAAUGAGGUAGAACGUUUAGAUAGAAAAACCCACAAAUAGUUAAAGCUGUGAGAGGAUUUACAGUCAAACUAUGAGGAUUAUGUAACAGUUUACAUUUGAGGUACGUAGCUAAUUAGAGAAACGUUGAGGAUCAACUGCCUCCGAACUGAUCAGUUCUCACUUCACACCAGCAGGUGGCAGCAGUGCCCCGACUCUUUGUUUGUCAUCUGCCAAUAAACGUCAAACAAAGAAGGACGCGACGCGGCGGAGGGUUUGUCUGAGGCCGACAGCACCAUAAGAACGACCUCGCUCGUUGGUUCUUUGCCUAUUGUCAUUUCCCCUGGAAUUCUAACGAUGGCCGACAAUCGACAAACAUUCCUCCGUCUUCCAUGAUGCUUUUCUCGUUAGUGUCGUUGCAGACUUCAGUGAACAUCAAGCGGCAACGUGUUCAUUACGAUCAAAAGAAUAUAUAUAUAUAUAUAUAUAUAUAUAUAUAUAUAUAUAUAUAUAUAUAUAUAUAUAUAACCUGGUCCUAGUCUCCUCUCUUCUCCGACACAUUUAAAUAUCUGCCACCGUCAGAGGGACGUGACUCUACGUUCCAUCUCUUGUGUCAUAACUCAGAAGUUUGGUUCAUUUCUCUUAGAAAGAAAUGAUGGAACCAAUUCUAGAACCACGUCGGACUGAAAAGAGGAAACUGACGCUGUUACUUUAAUGUGAGUGAAAAUAAUGACAUGAAGGAAGAUCAACAGGAAGUGACAACACCGACUGGUACAUUGGUCUCAUUCAUUUACUUUUCUUAGACGACAAACCACAAACUAGGCGUCUGCACUGUGAUGUUUCUUUUUACUGCACAUGUAUUUAAAAUACGGAGCUCGUGACAUCGGUGAAAUAAUAAAAUAACGUGGUCACGAAAUUAAAAAACGUUGGAACGUGAUAAUACAACUUAUUGUCUCGUUCCAACAUGUGAUUUUGUCCCCAGUCGGGCUCCGUAGAAACAGGAACAGGAAAUAGGAAUUUAAAAAAAGUUGAAAAAGACAAUUGUCCACAUAGUAUCUAUUUUUUUAAGGCUUUUCAAAAACGUAUGAAACGUUACAUUUACAUUUUGAUUGAUUAAAUGAAGUUUGUGUAGAGUGAAA